UAUCUGGAUAGCAAAUGAGAUAGUUGAAACGCGAAACGUUUCUACAAGCUUCAAAGUAAAACAACAAAGAAAAGGGUGCAGUUUAAAUGAAAUAUGGCUGGAGACGCACAAGAUAUUCCACGGCUUGAGCUGGAAGCUGUAAUUGGGUUCAAUGGACAUGUCUUUUCUGGCCUUAGAGUGCACCCGGACAGAGAACACAUAAUUUAUCCUCUGGGUUGCACUGUUAUUCUGAAGAGCCUGAAAGAUGGCAAACAGGAGUUCCUCCACGGACACACCAACAAUGUCUCCUGUGUCACCGUGUCCAAAAGUGGACGCUACAUUGCUUCUGGUCAGGUCACCUUCAUGGGCUUCAAGGCUGAUUUGAUCAUUUGGGAUUACGAGAAAAGAGCAAUCCACGCUAGAUUUCAGCUCCACAAAGCUAAAGUGGAGGGACUUGCCUUCUCUCCCCGUGACAAGUACCUUGUUUCCCUGGGAGGACAGGAUGAUGGGAGCAUUGUGGUGUGGAACAUUGAAAACAAAGAGGCCAUCUGUGGGAGUCCGGCCUCAGCCCACAGUGCAGGCCACUGCCUCACCAUCGAGUACUCCAAUCACAGCGACGACAUCUUCAUCUCCGCCGGGAAUGGCACGGUGCGUGUUUGGGAGCUAGACCUUCCCAACAGGAAGAUCCGGCCUACGGAAUGCCAGACAGGACAGCUGAAGAGGAUUGUCAAGUGCAUUGAGAUCCCAGGGGACGACAGUGUCUUCUACUGUGGGACCACCAGUGGUGACAUCAUGAAAGUUAACCUGAAGACCUGCCUUCUCAGCAGUUGUGGACCAAUAAAACAGAAGUUCAGCAAGGGUGUGAACACAAUGAGGGUGUUGAAGUCUGGGGACGUCCUGGUGGGUUCAGGGGAUGGUAUGUUCACUCUGUGCUCCGGAUCUAACUUCAAAACCAUCAAGAAGGUUCAGUUGGAGGGGGGGGUGACGUCCAUCGCUGUCAGAGGAGAGGGCCACCAGUUCUUUGCGGGGACGGAGGCGGCUCAGAUAUAUCGUUUUGGCUGUACUGACUUUAAAGAGGAGCUGAUUUCCACCAGCCACAACAGUGCCGUCAAAGAUGUGGCGUUUCCUUUUGGCUCGUCUGAACUGUUUGCCACGUGCUCCAAGGAUGACAUCAGAGUGUGGCACGCCGAGACGUGCAAGGAGCUGCUGCGUAUCUCCGUCCCCAACAUGACCUGCAACGCCCUGGACUUCAUGACUGACGGACGGAGCAUCAUAAGUGCCUGGAACGACGGGAAGAUCCGUGUGUUCGGCCCGGAGACCGGCAGAGCCUUACUGGUCAUCCACAGCGCCCACAGCAUGGGCGUGACGGCCAUCGCUGGCACCAGGAGCUGCACGAGGAUUGUUAGCGGAGGGGGAGAGGGACAGGUGCGCGUGUGGGAGCUGCUGCAGGGUUACUACCGGCUCGUUGAAACCAUGAAGGAGCACAAAGCCACUGUCACCUGCAUCAAGAUCAAGAGCAACGACAAGGAGUGUGUCACCGCCAGCUCAGACGGUGCCUGUAUCAUCUGGGACUUGGUGCGUUUUGUGAGGAAUCAGAUGGUCCUGGCCAACACCCUGUUCAGAAGUGUCUGCUACCACCCGGAGGAGUACCAGAUCAUUACCAGUGGUACCGACAGAAAGAUUGGUUACUGGGAGGUUUAUGAUGGCUCAGCCAUCAGAGAACUGGAGGGCUCCCUGUCCGGGGCCAUCAACGGCAUGCAUAUCUCACAGGACGGACAGCACUUUGUCACUGGUGGAGAUGAGAAGCUGGUGAAGGUGUGGGACUACUCAGAGGGCGUGGUUACUCACGUAGGGUUGGGCCACAGCGGCAGCGUCACCAGUGUGAAGAUCUGCUACAACAACCGGAGCAUCGUAAGCAUCAGUGCCGACGGGGCUGUGCUCCGAUGGAGGUACCCCCAUCCUUCCUCUUCCUAGAGUACCUCCUGGAGACUUUUGGAGAGGGAGCGGGUCAAACCACAUGAUCCACAAACUGACCUAUGACCCCACACACUAAGUGACCUUUGAAAUUAUCGACUUGACCCUACCCAAAUGCACACAUGUCCUCAAACCAAACAGCCUGGUGAACAUUGUAUGAACACUACUCUCAUUGUCAGAGCUAUUUCUCCUUUAAUGAAAAUAAAUUGAUUCAAUUGAGAUUUGUGGGAUGUUCACAUAAA